CCGUGGCGCAUUCACUCAAGCAGCCGCACCGAGCCAGCGCAGCCGCAGCACCACCUGUGUGUCCUCCACCUCCCGGCGACAUGAACUCCCACUGCAACGGAAAAGUCAGCGACUCCGUGGAGGACUUCCACCUCAACAAGGGCUUCAGCGACCUCAUCAUCGACACCAAGAAGUCCGCCGUCGUGGCGCACCGCAAGCACGAGACGUCACGCAAGGAGUCCGAGGAUGAGUCCCGCUUGCCUCUGCUGGAGGCCGCCUACACCAGCAUCCUCCGGCACCUCGGGGAGGACACGGACCGGGAGGGGCUGCUGCGCACGCCGCUGCGCGCCGCCAAAGCCAUCCAGUUCUUCACCAAAGGCUACCAUGAGACCAUCGACGACAUCCUAAACAACGCCAUAUUUGAUGAAGAUCAUGAGGAGAUGGUGAUAGUGAAGGACAUCGACGUGUUUUCUCUGUGUGAACAUCACCUGGUGCCUUUUUUUGGAAAGGUUCAUAUUGGAUAUAUCCCCAACAAAAAAGUGGUGGGACUGAGCAAACUAGCAAGGAUUGCAGAGAUCUUCAGUCGGAGGCUUCAAGUUCAAGAGCGUCUGACCAAGCAGAUUGCCAUGGCGAUAUGCGAGGCUCUGCAGCCGAAGGGCGUAGCUGUGGUAAUAGAAGCGGCGCACAUGUGCAUGGUGAUGCGCGGCGUCCAGAAGAUGAACAGCCGCACGGUGACCAGCACCAUGCUGGGAAUCUACCUGGAGGACCCCAAAACCCGGGAGGAGUUCCUGACUCUCACAAUGCGCACCUAACAAGCCUCAAGCACUAUUCCUGCCUGCAGAAUUCUUCAGAAAGAUAUUAAGUGUGACUAAAAAAAAAAACACUGUUAGGAAAUUUGAAGCAAGACUUCCAACUCCGAAGAUCCCAAAGAGCGUGAGCGAUGUCAGUCCUGCAGCAGCGGAGAUCUCAGUGAACACAAAGAUUAAUGGUGCCUUUUUUGUAGAUAUAUUAGUCUCACAUAACAUUAUUAUUAUUAUUAUAAAAUAUAUAAAAAGCUGAGUGCAAUAUUAUAAUGUGAAAAUUCUUUCAGGUGGAAAUUUCAUUGGUGCUUCUCCAAACUGUUCCACUCUUUGUUAUGGUGUUGAGAAUCCACUGAUUUCAAGGUUUCACCGACUUCUGUGUCAUUUAUAUACAUUUUUAAAGAAAAAUCUUUGUAUUAUAUGACAUUUUAUGGUACAACUGAAUUUAUAUAUCUGUAGUCCAACAAAUAAAGCUAAUGAAUGUAGAUUUCAGAUCGAUGAUGGUGAUAUUCCUGAAGAGUCCUAAAUAAAAACGACAGAAAGGGCAAAAAAAAAAA